AUGACUGUGGCUCAACAACCCACUUGGCAAGAAUCCGCCCGCCAGGUCCAAGUGGUGCGCGAUCUUUCCAUCAAGCAGGUUGAUCCCGACAUUGCUGCUCUGUCUGAGACAUAUACUGGCAGAAUUAUCGAUGUUCCCCGGGAGCAUCUCACGCAGCCAGAACAAAUCAUCACAGAGACCUCGGCCGAAGCUCUGGUAACUGCUCUUGCAGCGGGCAAACUCAGUGCGACCGCAGUCACAGAGGCUUUUCUUCGGCGGGCGGCAAUUGCUCAAAAGUUGACCAACUGUAUCUACGAGCUUCUCCCUGAACGUGCCAGAGCGCGCGCUCAGGAGCUUGACAAGUAUUUUGCCGAGCAUGGAAAACCGUCAGGUCCCCUCCAUGGUCUACCAAUCAGCAUUAAGGCACAUGUAGGUCUUACAGGACGAGAUCUGGCUGCUGGAUUCGUCGGUUGGCUGAGCCAUACCAGCCCGGGUGAUGCCAAUAUCGUCAAGAUACUUCUGGAUGCCGGUGCAGUUGUGUAUGCGAGGACAACCGAGCCACAGGGACUGAUGGCGCUUGAGACUUGCAGUAAUAUCACAGGCACGACCACGAACCCACAUAACACUGCCCUCACGCCUGGUGGCUCUUCUGGAGGGGAGUCGGCCCUACAAGCUCUUUACGGCAGUCCAUUGGGAAUUGGAUCAGAUAUUGGAGGUAGCAUUCGCUCCCCCGCCGCAAACUGUGGUCUCUACGGGCUGAAGCCAUCGACCGGACGACUACCGCUCAUUGGAUGCUCCGCCUAUGUCCUCGGUUGUGAGACAGUGCUUGGAACACUUGGGCCUAUCUCGCCAACUUUUGGAGGCAUAGAACUCUUCAUGAAGACCGUAAUUGAAUCGAAACCUUGGGUCAAUGACUCCAUGAUGCUUCCAAUUCCAUGGCGGGACCAGGAAGAGCACAUUCACAAAGGUGGAAAGAAGUUGACCGUGGGUGUAAUGUGGACUGACGACGUUGUUACACCCGCCCCAGCGGUGACAAGAGCCUUGAAGGAGAUGGUUGAGCGCCUUGAAGCUGUCGAUAACAUCCAAGUCAUUGAGUGGAAAGCGUAUCAGCAAAAGGAGGCAUUGGAGAUACUUACGAAGCUUUAUGCUCCAGAUGGCGGCAAGGCCUUUGCUAGACACCUAGAAUCUUCGGGCGAGCCCUUCCUGCCGCUCCAGGCUUGGACUCUGCGAGAUACCCCCGGUAUCGAAGAGCUUACCCACCAGGGUGUGUGGGACUGGACAGGCAAACGGGAGUUCUUCCGCUACGCCUAUUUGCAGGAAUGGAACACAGUCGCACCAGAGAUGGACGUCAUAUUGUGUCCUGCAUUCCCGACGCCGGCACCCCUCCAUGAUACUUCGAGAUACUGGGGAUACACGUCUUUGUUCAAUUUACUCGAUUACUCGGCUCUUGUAUUUCCAGUCACGAAAAUUGAUCCCGAAAGAGACGCCAAAGACCCCACUUACACCCCGAAGAACGAAAUGGAUAAAUGGGCGUACGAGCAUUAUGAUCCAGUAAAGCAGAAGGAUGCACCUGUAUCUUUGCAGCUUGUUGCUAAGAAGUUGGAGGAGGAGAAGUUAUUGCAGGCCUUUGGGGAAAUUAAGGAGAAAAUUGGCCUGCCAUUUAUCGAUUGUCUGGCAUAA